CUCUUGAAACGCACAUCACAUGUGCAUGGUGAACUCAAAACGAAGAUGCAGUCACUUACUCGAACUUUCUUUGGCUUUCGGUCGAGUGAAUUGAGGGACGUUAUAAGGCAAAACCAUGAUCUAGCGGAAGCCUUGAAAGAUGGUUCAUCGUUCAUUUUCAAGGACUGGACAGCGAAGACGGGGAUAUACAAGACCGAGCUACUCCAAGACAGUAUCAAUGUCAUGUGGUUUGCAAACCGAAGCGACGAGGGCAUCGUCUACAACCAGUUUUUCAACCCCAUGCCUAUCAAGCUUAUUGCGCUCAUGCUUACAACUGUAAGU